UUUUGUAUGGGUCCGCGCAUGCGCACUGCACCAGGCCGAUCCUUCGAUCAUGGAGGCUGAAGAUGUGCAAAGCAGCUGCAAACUUUCCUCAGUAAACCUUGUUCAUUAAUCAACCUUUGGUUGCCAGAUCCUCUGCCAUGAAAUCCUCCUGAGUAAUUGACAUGAGUUGGUAAAAUGGCCGCUGAGCUGUUUCCUACCAAAAAGCUGCCGGCUGUCUCUCCUCCCAACACUGGCACGGCUGUACAGCAGUACCAACAGCAGAACAUCAGCAACAACAACACUAUUCAAGGAUGUAACUGGCAAGGCUUGUAUCCCAGUAUCAGAGAGAGAAACGCAGUCAUGUUCAACAACGAGCUGAUGGCCGAUAUUCACUUUGUCGUCGGGCCCCCAGGAGGAACCCAGAGAGUACCAGGACACAAGUAUGUUCUGGCUGUGGGCAGUUCAGUUUUUCAUGCAAUGUUUUACGGAGAACUGGCUGAAGAUAACGAUGAGAUCCGGAUCCCUGAUGUGGAACCAGCCUCAUUCCUGGCUAUGCUAAAGUAUAUUUACUGUGACGAGAUUGACCUGUGUGCCGACACUGUACUUGCCACGCUGUACGCCGCCAAAAAGUACAUCGUUCCCCACUUGGCCCGUGCUUGCGUCAACUUUCUGGAGACCAGCUUGAGUGCCCGAAACGCCUGCGUCCUGCUUUCUCAAAGCUGUCUGUUUGAGGAGCCCGAUCUCACUCAGCGCUGUUGGGAGGUCAUUGACGCGCAGGCAGAACUCGCCCUCCGCUCGGAGGGAUUCUGCGACAUAGAUGCUCAGACCUUGGAGAGCAUCCUGCACCGAGAGACGCUCAACGCCAAAGAGAUGGUGGUGUUCGAAGCGGCACUGAGCUGGGCCGAAGCAGAAUGUCACCGACAGGAACUUCAGCCCACUAUAGAGAACAAACGUCUCGUUUUGGGAAAGGCGAUCUAUUUGAUUCGGAUCCCUGCGAUGGCACUUGAUGAUUUUGCGAACGGCGUGGCGCAAUCCAGUGUGCUGACGCUCAACGAGACCAAUGAUAUUUUCCUGUGGUACACGGCGGCCAAGAAACCCGAGCUGAAGUUUGUCUGCAAACCACGUAAGGGCUUGACGCCGCAGAAGUGCCACAGGUUCCAGUCUUGCGCGUACCGUAGCAAUCAGUGGCGCUACCGUGGCCGCUGCGACAGCAUUCAGUUUGCGGUGGACAAGCGCGUAUUCAUCGCUGGGUUCGGCUUGUACGGUUCGAGCUGUGGUUCGGCGGAGUACCAGGCCAAGAUUGAGCUGAAACGCCAGGGCGUGACGCUCGGUAUCGCCAUCAUCAAAUACUUCUCCGAUGGUUCCAGCAACACCUUCCCUGCGUUCUUCGAGUACCCGGUGCAGAUCGAACCCGACACGUUCUACACGGCGAGCGUAGUUCUGGACGGAAAUGAGUUGAGUUAUUUUGGGCAGGAGGGGAUGACGGAGGUCCAGUGUGGAAAGGUGACCUUCCAAUUCCAGUGCUCGUCGGACAGUACCAACGGCACGGGCGUGCAGGGGGGGCAGAUCCCCGAACUCAUAUUUUACUCAUGAGAGCCUCCCGUUCACAAAUAGUCGAACAAUUAUUUUGUUCCUUAAUGAAGUGCUGCUCACGUUUUGCACUGAUGCUACAAAAGAGCAAAUUAUAGAGAUUUUAGUACGCUGACAAUCUUUAUAGACUAUCAGAAGGGUUUGGGCAAACACUACAAAUGCACUGAAUGUUCAAAAAAGUAUUCGGUGCAAAAAUAGCACUUGUUUCUACACUGCCGACAUGUUUGCUGUGUUUACUCUCUACACACUGGUUGCUAUUUGAUUGUGUCAUAAAAAUACAUUAUUGUUCUGUCAAAUUUAUUCAGUCUUUUCACUUAUUCAUUCGAUCACCGAAAAAGUUUUUUGCUAUUUUGGCCGAAUACUUUCUGUUGCCGAAUAUUCAGUGCGUCACUAGCAAACGGACAUUCAAAUGUUGUUAUCAGGUUUGAUUACAACAUUGUCUGUUUUUUCUUCAUCAAAAGCUGUUGUGUGGCAAAACAAAACAUUCAAAACAUAACGCACAAAUGAUAUAGCGUUAAUUUUUGGGUGUACUGUUCCUUUAAGAGCAGAGAUUAUAAUUCAUCUGUGUAACUGAACAGAUCUUAAAAUCAAGCUUGUAACUUUUUGGAUAAAAAAAGUUGCAGACGAUAAAUGUACUUGUGAUCAUGCCGCAACAGAAAUUUUUUACAUGAAUAACAUCUGGAUUGUGUAAAAUGAUAGAGAUUUUGUCAAUUUUAGGAUUAUUAAAAAGUCAUGUGAUUGAUAUUUAAGGACCAGUGUUAAAAUCUAAAGUGAACAAUCAUGCUCAUGGACAUUUGCUCGUUCUGAAUAAAACUGAUCUUUGUGUGCCAUCGUAAUGAAAUGUAUUUUACUGAACUCUAUAGUAAUUGUAUACUUUUUUACUUAACAUGUGAAGCACAAUUUGUCAUACGUUUCGCUGAUGAAAAAUGUUAUUUUUUUCUACUUACUAUUCAUGUAAUAUUUUAUUAUUUUUGUGCAACGCAACAUUUACUGUAAAAGCCAUUUAACAAAAACGUUGAGAGGAAAAAUUAUUUGUGAGAGGAUUUUUUGUGGUGUUUGCUAAGGAGCAAUUUACUCGUAACUUGUAACAACUGGGGUUUUUACAAACAGAAAACAUUUGGCACGAAUAGCGUUGCUAACACGAAUGAGAUUUUCAAUUGUAUGACUUUUCUUAAAGUAAAAAUGUUCAGCUGGUGUAACAGAGAGAGAUGUAAAUGUGGGUAAAGACUCAUAACAUCGUAAUAACACACCUUGGCAUUUACCCAUAACACCCUGAGCGGUGUAGCAGUGUAUUUUUGUUGGGCAAACACCACUUACGUUUUAAAAGUUUAAAGUCACAAUGAAACGGAAAGAUUUUUUUCCGUUAGUGACGUUUAUCCAAGUAAACCAGCUUCUGAAAUGAGAAAAAUUUGUAGGGCGGGACUUGAGUUAGUCCAUCAAGAAUGGAUUGGAUUGUUGGAAGUUAAAUUGUGUUGCUAUUUGCUAAUCGCUGCGAUUUUUUAAAUAAUGAAGCUUACAAGUCAUUUAAAAAAAACUACCACAAUAUAAAAAACUUCUAUUUCAUCGUGACUUUAAAAAUUUAGCUAUUACUGUGGUCAACGUUAUAUUUGCCAAACUUGAGACUUUUGCCUUGAGUAACAAUAUUCAAGCUCUUUCAAAUAACGUACAAUUUUAAUGUUGACGUCAAAGUCGACUUUAAUUGCACUAUUUUUCAUUACUAUCUUUUCAUUUUUAAGUUUUUGUAAUACUGUGGCAUAAUCUAGAUUUAUUAUUACAUUCUGUAUCGCUACACUGUGUUUAGUAAUCCUACUCCAGGGUAAAAUCCAGUUUUCUGUCGUACUUUGUGCCUUUUUGGAUUGGGUCUAAUGGUUUCAAUGACCCGAGUGGUUCUUACGUGUACAGUUGAUGUUCCUAAGAUGCAAAAUGUUUAACAUGCUUCAAGUACUGGGUUUGUUCACUGAAAUUGUAAGUGCUUAAGGUCACCGAUUAAUUCAAUUCGCACCUGUAUUUUGUUAGAUUUGAUUUCUUGUGUUAUGUAGAAAAGGAGAUACCCGUGUAAGUGCCAAGAGACAUUGAAUGUGUGAGCUGCAUUGUGUCAACAUGAAUAAAUAACUAUCUUUAACUUCA